UCUCAAACCCGGAUGUUUUGUUCGAGCCGUUUAGAAUCAGACAGAAAAGUAACGAAGACGUUGAGUUUCUGUCUUCCAGUUAAAAAAAUGAGUCAUCAGCGAAUUAAAUCAGCUCCUUAUUUCGUUUGAACUAACCUGACGCUGUCGUGGAUGGAGUUGAAGAACAGUGUAGCUGCAGAACAAAAAUGAACAGUGUCUCACUUCUCGACACUUCUGCUGAUAUCAAUGAGUUCACUUUGGUCCCGCAGGAUGCUCCGAGAGUCGUAUCCCUUCGUGGAGGACAGUUUCAGCCGCUUCCCGUCGCAGAGUAACAUUUACGGGCUGUGUCAAGCAGGGGAGCAGGAGCUGUUGGCGGCCACCCUUAAAGGGAAGGUGGUUUGUUUCAGAUACCAGGAGCUGCAGCAGAAAAUCCGACCUGUGGCCAAGGAGGUCCAGUUCACCUACAUACCAGUGGAUGCAGAGAUCGUAUCAAUCGAUGCUUUCAACAAGUCUCCACCCAAAAGAGGCCUGGUGGUGGGCAUCACAUUCGUCAAGGACUCUGGUGACAAAGCCACACCAUUCCUGAAUAUCUACUGUGACUAUGAGCCCGGCUCCGAGUUCAACCUGGAGUCUAUUGCACAGAGUUGCCUGAAUCUGGAAUUGCAGUUCACGCCCUUCCAGCUGUACCACACAGAAGUGCAGUGCGACGAUGGAGGCAGAGAGACCGUAUUUCUGCUCAGUGGUCACGACCAGAGGAUCCACCUGUACAAGGAGAACGCCUCCCUCCACCAGUUUGAAGAGCAGCCAGUGGAGAGACUCUUCCCUGAGCUACAGCAGCUGCCCAGCAACGUGCUGUGGAUGGAUAUGUUGAGUAUAGACGGUGGCCGGCGACUGUCGGCGUUUGGCUGUCAGAAUGGCUGUGUUGGACUGGCUCUGGUCAACCAGACAGGACCAGAGGUUUUAGAGAGCUGGCGGUUCCAGUUUGACAGUCCAAUCUCUAGAGUGCUGCUGUUCCCCCUGAGCUGCCAAACUGAGCCGAGCCUGCCCUUUGGAGAGAGAAGUGCGGAAAUGGAAGGUUACAAUCUUCUGGUAACCAGUACUAUAGAGAUGGCAGUUGUUUACAGAGAUGUCCAGGACCGAGGCUUGUCUCGCCCAGUGUGCCUCUCUGAGAGUGACCAAUGGGAUGCGGUGCUUUGUGCUCUGGUCAUUGACCUGGAUUUUGAUGGGCAGAAGGAGGUGCUGUUGGGAACAUAUGGGCAGGAGCUUCUUUGUUACAAAUUCCAGCCGGCAGGAAGCGGACAAGAUGGACAGUUUCAGCUGCAGUGGAGGCGGAGCUUCAAGAGUCCUUUGCUAUCCGUCAUCUAUUUAGACUUGACUGGAGAUGGUUUGAGAGAGCUGGCUGUCCUCACACUAAAGGGACUGCAUAUCUUACAGCAUACUCUUACUAGCACUGCUGAUUUGGUCCUUGAGCGGCUCGCCCAGAGGUUGUCGACGCUGACAGCUGGCUCUGAGAUGGAAUCAGCCGAAGCUCAAGUCACUGAGGAGAAGGAUGUUCCAGCUAAGAAAGAGGAGUGCGCAGCUCAGACGCCAUCAAAUUAAACAGUGCCUUUUGUUUACAAGUGGACGACCCACUGGUUCAGACCAAAGUGUUGGUCUUAUUUAAAGGUGUGAUUACACAGCUUACGUUUAGACAUAAUGACAGACACCAGUUACGAAAGCUAACAUCACAUUUAAUUGGCCGCCCCUUUCAAUAUUUCAUCAGCAGCAGUAAUAGCAGUUGUAGACAUCAGGAACCACUUUUUUUUUUUAAACUUGUUAGAAUUCCAAGUUGACAUAUAAAUAAUGUAACUCUGACUAGUAGCAACUCUAAUUUAAGAUAUCAACAGUUAUUUUUCCACUAGUCGAAAUGUUAAUUUUUGAUAUCAACCUUAAUUUCGUACUAGCAUAAAUGUUCAGUGUAGAUAACUGUAACUUAAUUACAACUAGUUCAUUUUUACCACUGACAAAACAAUAUCUUGACAUGUUGAAAUAAUUUCCACUUGUUCAAACUAAAUUGUUACCAGCCCUGCUGAUUAAAUGUUAAAAGGGCCUUUAAUUAUUCAGGGAAGUUUUACAGAGAGGAAGCUGCUCUUUUGCAGGAACAACAUGAUCACAUUCACACCUAGAAGCUGCCCAGUACAAAACCAAUCUGAUCUGCUGGUCACUGAGCUCCAGUAGAGUGAGUGGGCUUGAGGGUCUUGCCUCAGGACACCUCAGUCGUGUUAAUGAGGGAGGGGCAAGUGCUGCUUUUUCACCCAGAUUUAUCCUGCCAGUCUGAAACAGUGACCCCUGGGCAUCAAGCUCGCUUCUCUAACAUUUUGACCCAACGCUGCCCCAUUGGCAAGACUCUGCUUUGUGGUUGUAUACUGAAUGUAGGUGGUUGUAAAAGAAACUGAUUAAAGAGCUCUCAUUAUUCUUAG